AUGGUUGCCCAGACGCUGACCCUUCGCAAUUUCACGUCAACUCCGCUGGAGUUGAAGAACAUCGAGCGCUUUGCUCCCCAAGAGAAGCACAAAGACAAUGGCGGGUUCCACGCAAUGGCCAUGAAUCUAACCCGGAAAGUGACUGAAGCUGCGACGAAUGUCACUCGUGCUGCCAAUACUGCUCAGCCGCUUGCCCCCGAUGCAAGCCCAUUUGCCCGCCAGGAUGUUGAUAUUCGCGUCGAUCCGUUCGCUACCAACCAGACAGAGGUCAAGACCUUUGAAAAUGACGACAAAGAGCGCCUACGCCUCACAUUUGAGGUCGAGGGCGAACGACACCUCAUCACUGUGCCCGUGCCAACCGUUGAGUCGGCCGAGAUGCGAUGUCUGACUGACAACCCGCGCCAUCGGUUUACCGGAGUCUAUCUCACCCAAGAGUCGUGCCUCGCGAUAUUCUCAUCUGCACGGCUCAAUGCAUGGAUGCAAGAAUUACGGGAUGAGACCUUGCUUUCUUCCUUGUCGGUUCCCGGCACCCAUAAUUCUCCCACUUGCCAUGUUGCGCCUCCCUCAGUUCGUUGCCAAGCAGUCAGCCCAAAGGUGCAAUUAGAGAAUGGCGUGCGAUUCUUCGACAUCCGCGUGCAGCCCCAGAACCCGGAUGAUCCGUCCAAGGACGAGCUAGUUCUCGUCCAUAGCGCCUUUCCAAUCUCUCUCACUGGAAAUAAGUACUUCAGGGAUCUCAUGAAUGAGGUAGAUGACUUUCUCAACCACAAUCCUUCUGAGACUCUGAUCGUUUCCUUGAAACGAGAAGGAACGGGCAAAGCUACGGAUGAGCAGCUGAGUCGCAUUGUCCGUGAUCAUUACGCAACCCCGGAGAGCCGUUGGUAUACGGAUCCAAAUGUGCCAACUUUGGGCGAGGUCCGAGGCAAGAUUGUUCUUGUGAGACGUUUCAACCUCGAAGAAGGGCUGAAAGGCGAGCACGAGGGACGAGGAUUUGGCAUCGACGGCGGUGGAUGGGCUGACAAUACCCCAAACGCCACCUGUCCAGCCGGCGAACUCUGCAUUCAGGAUUUCUACCAGGUUAUGGAAAGCGAAAACAUCGACACGAAGAUUCAGUAUGUGACUGAACACAUCUCACGAGCGGGUGCCGUUCGUUACCCUUUUGGACGUGGUGGUGACCCCAACCAGAAGUAUCCCUUCUUCGUCAACUUUCUUAGUGCAAGCAAUUUCUGGAAAACCCAGACCUGGCCCGAGAAGAUUGCUGCCAAGCUGAACCCGGCUACAGUUAAAUAUCUCUGUUUGGAUCAUUGCAAUCACCCGGAUGGCGACUGGGGUACCGGUAUUUUGGUAACUGACUGGGUCGGGUUGGAUGGUGACUGGGAUCUUGUCAGGUGCAUUGUGGGAAUGAAUGCGAAGUUGAAGCUGAGAGAGAACUAG